AUGGCAACUAAACGAGUUUACGUGCAAGAGUCCGUAUACGACGAGUUCAUGAGCCACUUGACAGCCAUUGUCAAGACAUUGAAGGCAGGUGAGGGUUUCUGUAGUCCCAUCCAGAAUAAGUUGCAGUACGACAAGGUACGCUCUAUUUAUGAAGACUGUGACAAGCAACACUUCGAUUUCGUCGUCGGCAGUGGCAAGGUUCCUGAACAUCAGCCCGGGUCAGGUUUCUUCAUUUCUCCAGCUGUUGUGGCCAAGCCGCCGGAGAAGUCUCGUGUUGUUCAGGAAGAAGCAUUUGGUCCUAUUCUUCCUGUUCUCACAUGGCACGAAGACGACGACGUGAUUGGCCGCGUCAAUGACACGCACACAGGUCUCGGUGCUACGGUCUAUUGCCGUGACGAGAAGCGAGCAUGGGGUAUUGCAAGCAGCCUAGAAACGGGAAGUGUCUGGGUCAAUGGUGGGCUGAAGAUGCAUCCUGUAGCUUUAUUUGGCGCUCAUAAGCAAAGUGGUAUUGGCGGAGAGCUAGGGCCACUAGGACUCACUUACUACACCGACACAAGAACAGUGACAUAUUGGAAGGAAUCGACGACAAAAGAAAAGAAUACUAGCGGUAGUCUGUUUGCUUGA